CUGGUUACCACAGGGUACCCAAAACUUGCGCUAGAAUAUUAUAGCAACAAGCGAGGAUUAGCAACUGAUUCUUGAAGAGAAACGUGUUAAAAAUACCUCAAAAUAUCGGCCAAAAUGGCUAACAUAAUACCCUGAAAUGCCUGCAUCGUAAGGAUACAUUGAUGUAGAAGGUCAAACGGCAGAUACUGGAUUUUCUCGAGCUAUUUGGAGAAAAUGCCGAACUCUUUUGACGUGGGAUCGUAUGUUUGGAUUGAUGGAGAGCAAGGUUAUCUUGUACCAGGGGUGGUUAUUGGUGUGUCAGGUUCAUCUCUCAAAGUACAGAACGAGGAGACUGGGAAGAUCUCAUCAUUGUCUGUCAAACUGGCCACACAGAGAGUUGAUUAUGGCAAACAUGGUGCAGACGAUAUGAUAAAGAUGGAUGAUCUUAAUGAAGGCUCCAUACUGUUUAACCUGGCCAAACGUUAUGAAGCUAACCUGAUAUAUACCUACAUUGGAAAAAUCCUUGUAGCUGUCAAUCCAUACAAACUGUACGAUAUCUUCACCAAUGACAAUGUUGACAAGUAUACAACUAGUACCAUUGGUAACCUACCCCCGCACAUCUUUGCUAUUGGUAGUGCAGCGUAUUCAGAGAUUCAAAGAAAUGAGAUCAACCAGGUCAUAGUGAUCAGUGGCGAGAGUGGAGCAGGGAAAACAGAGUCUACUAAACUACUGGUACAGUACCUGGCUACUGCUAACAAGAGUAAAGGCAGCCUCAUCACAGAACAGAUUGUCGAGGCCACUCCUUUACUGGAAUCAUUUGGAAAUGCUAAGACAGUGAAAAAUGACAAUUCCAGUCGAUUUGGAAAAUACCUGGAAAUUUACUUUAGCAAUGCUGGUUUGAUUUGUGGAGGCCGCAUUUCUGAGUACCUGCUUGAACGGUCCAGGAUUGUCAGCCAGUCUGUUGAUGAGAGAAAUUAUCAUAUCUUCUAUGAAAUGCUUGCUGGACUACCACAAGAAACUAAGUCCAAACUGUCUUUGAAAAGUGCAGAUGACUAUGCAUACCUAAACCAGGGUGGCAGCAGUUUUAUGCAGAAUAAAGAUGACAAAGCUCUUUUCAACAAUGUACUCACUGCAAUGGAUGUCCUUAGAAUCACUCCAUCUGAGAGAGAUGGGAUUUUCACAACGCUUGCUGCCAUACUUCACCUUGGUAAUGCACAGUUUUACAAAGGACUGGCAUCCAGUCAUGAUGUUGCUGUAUUGAAGGACGAAGAUGAAGCCAAGAUAGCAGCAAACUUACUGGGUUUAAGUGGUGCUGAAGUCAUUCAAGCACUGACACAUAAAAAUACAGAGACAAGAGGAGAGCAAAUAUCCAGCCCUAGAAACACAGACCAAGCUAUUGAUGCAAGAGAUGCAAUCGCCAAGGAAUUAUAUUCUCGAGUGUUUACAUGGCUGGUUAACCGUAUUAAUGGUAUUGUAUUCCAUGGCAAACAAGGCCCCUCUAUCGCUAUACUGGACAUUUUUGGUUUUGAGGAUUUUCAGACUAACAGCUUUGAGCAGCUUUGUAUCAAUUAUGCCAAUGAAAGUUUGCAGUUCUUUUUCAACCAGUUUGUCUUUAAGCUUGAACAGGAUGAGUAUGGCCUUGAGGGAAUUCAGUGGCGGGAGGUGUCUUUUACAGACAACCAAGCCUGCCUGGAUUUACUGGCUCGACCUCCUCAUGGUAUACUGCACUUGUUAACAGACGAGAGCAACUUUCCAAAGGCAACAGAUGGCUCAUUCCUGGAAAAGUGUCACCAGUACCACAAGCCAAGCAAGGCCUAUUUCAAACCAAAAAUGCAGGCUCCAGAAUUUGGUAUCAAUCACUUUGCUGGUCCAGUCACUUACCAGGUUCGGGGUUUUCUUGACAAGAACAGGGAUAGUCUAAAGCAAGACUUGACUGACCUACUGUGCAAAUGCCGUUCACCAUUUGUCAGAGAUCUUAUUCCUGAUUUACUGGGAGAUCCUACAAUGCAAAUUGGCGGUCUCAAAGGCAUUCGUAAAAACAGUAGAGUUAACUCCCUGAAGGCCCCGCCCAACAGUGUACCCAAGAAUACAGUGUGCGCAAAGUUCAAUGAUUCAUUGAUAAGACUGGUAGUAGCCAUGAAGAGAUGCAAUCCGUUCUUCAUUAGAUGUAUCAAACCAAACCCUAAUAAGGCACCAGGUGCGUUUGUACAGAAUUUGGUCAUUCAGCAGUUGAGAUACUCUGGUGUACUUGAAACGGUAAAAAUUCGCAAGACUGGGUACCCUGUGCGUAUCGGCUAUCAAGACUUCGUUACUAGGUACAAAUGUUUGUCCAAUCGAAUAAUUCUAAAUGGCAGUACAUCACAGCAAAACUGUGUGAUUAUCAUGGACUUUAUGGAAAUCCCAAAAGACGACUACCAGCUUGGUCGUACAAAGCUGUUUCUACGAGAAAAUGUCGAAUUUCAACUAGAAGAAUCAAGACGAGCCAAGCAACUAAGAAUGGCGGUUGUCAUUCAGUCGAGGGUUCGAGGUUACCUGAUAAACCAUCAAUAUCUACAGAUGAAGAAGGCAACGAUUAUUCUACAAAGCAAUGCCCGUCGGUACCUAGCCAGGAAAAAGUACCAAAAAGCGCGGAGUGGUUUCCUGAUGRUGCAAGCAAUGUACAGGAUGAGGAGAAAAAGACGCUUGUUGACACUUCAGCUACAGUACUUCGUUCAAAUUUGGUCCAACAACCAAUCUCUUCAUWACCAAGAUGGCGUCCUUUCGGAGUCGCAAGAUGAAAGUAAACAGAUCACACAGUCCGCGGUUAGUGCAGAACCACCGAAAGUUAKCAUGGAGUCGAAGGAUCUGGAAAAACAAGCCAUGGUCGAUGUAACUCAAUUAGAAAUCCCAGCAGACCUUGCUAUGGUGUAUGCACGGUUAAAUGAUUGGCAAGUACCUUACGAGAAAACAGUUGCUCCUGUCAACAACGAAGUCGUCAAGUUUYUAUGUCCCAAGGCUGAUCUCCCGUCAGACAUUGACGACCAGUGGUUUUCUAAAUAUGCACAAAAACACUUCCAGGAAAACAAGCUCCGUUUUGUCAGAGCUCCYAUCCACACGAGUAUGCUGAAACUCAAAUAUUCAGAUUCAAUGGAAGCUGUGACUGUCUUUAAACUGAUAAUGCGUUUUAUGGAAGACGAAACAUUAUCUGGAGUUCGUGAACUCAUCCUUGGAAACUACAUCGUGCAGAAGGGGAUAUUCAACCCUGAACUGCAAGAUGAAAUUUUCGCUCAGCUAUGUAACCAAACCUGGGGGAACCAGGUCAACUCGUAUUGUGAAAAGGCGUGGCUGCUCAUUGCAAUGUGUUUGGCUUGUUACAAGCCUUCUGAUAAUUUGUUCAACGCAUUACUGAAGUAUUCAUCGGAUCAUGCGUACAAUGGAUUCAAGGCUUAUUGUCAACAAAAGCUGCUGUGUUGGAAGGCGAGAAAAAGGCCUAUCCCAAGAUCCCUUCCACCUUCAUACUUAGAAUGGCAAGCCGCCAAGAGGAAGUGCUCCGUUUCUUUGAGAUGCGAAAGUGUCGACGGCGACAAAAAAAUGGCCGAAGUCAAUUCGUGUAUGACGGGAGAAGAACUUGCAACAACGAUAUUGAAAGACAGGGGGGUGUCUGAGCCACGUGGCUGGUCCAUAGAUGUCUAUGACCCCGAUUGUCAUUAUUCUCUGUCRGGACAUGAUUACGUUAUGGACGUGAUUUACGAGCAAGAGUACCCGCCGCAUUUCCCCCCAGGAAGCUCGCCCUCGUUAGUGACGUUGAGGCCUGGAAACAAAUUGCCGGAAUUCAGGAAAAGAAGUUUAUCAGAACUUCAUCGAGCACACCACAAGAAAGCCAAAGUAGCAGAGAUUGCGCACAAGUUUUCAUUUUCUGAGGGAUCCAAGGCUCCAAGCUCACCAAGUGAUAGGUCAAGUGGACCAAAAGAAGACGGUUUGAGCGCAGCAACAUCAGCUCGUCUAUUAUCAACACAACAACCCACACCGGCACCUUAUGAAGAUAAAUUAGUCGCUCAGACUGCCAUGCGCACAAAGACCGAUACUACAACAGUUGUUGAUGGUCAAGCUACACCAGUUCCUCCCCCACCCCCACCCCCAGGUAUAGGACCAGUUCCACCACCUCCACCCCCACCGCCUCCUAUUGCUCCACCAACAGACAAUAAGAUAAGACGGCGUUUAACGUCAAAAGAAGGUAAUAAGAAGAAAAAGAAACCAGAGCCAAGUGGUCCACAGCUUUCAAUGGCUGAAGUGAUGGCUCAAGCUAAGAGAAUGAGUGAGGCUCGCCGUUCAAGAGCUAUCUCCAUAGAUAAUAAGGAAAAUAAUGGCACCGAAGUGGAUCCUGUUGAAAUGAGAAUAGGAAACCUAAAAAAGGUGCAAAGAAACUCCACACCAAAGAAAGAGGAACCAGAAAACGAGCUCAAACUAGCCAUGCAGGCCAAGGCGAACCGGGCAAGUCGUCUCUGGCAAGAAAAUGAAAACUUGGAGUCCAUUCUWUUCCGUAAAGAUGGGGAUGAGAAUCAYAACGAAAGUGUUACGGUUGACAAUAACAAUGAAACGCAAUCGUCUCUACCAAGUACAUCAAGUCAGAGCGAUGAGGACUUUGCAACAACUAUCAAUGUGAAUAAAAAUAACUCGUUAUCCAGUAAUUCAUCCAAUAAUAGUCUUGCAAACAAACAAGAUGUCAGCGCGUUUGUAGACAGUCUUUUCGAUCCGGUGUUAUCGAGUAAUUUUAACGAUCUGGCUGAUGAACGAUCGGUAUCUAAUGCAAUUAGAGGUGGUGGUGGUAUGAACCAACCUAAUGGAAGUGCUCAGACCWCAACUACUGUAGCAGGYGCAUCACCUACAACAGUUUCCAUGUCUUCACCUAUGAAUGGUGGGAUGUUUGUUCCUAUGGCUCGUACCCCUGUAUCCAGCAUGUAUAAUGGCUACCCUGGGUACACGGUGGGGGGAAAUGUAGGGUUCAAUGGGUACYCUGGUGGAACACKAAAUAUGGCCAGUCCGGCUAUAAUGGGAGUAAGUGGGUARCCCAGUCCCCCGCAGGACUUGGGAACCAUUGCAGCACAGCAGCAAAUGUUGAUAGAGCACCUCAUGACUCAACAGAAACUCAUCCAGGAACAGCAACGACAACUYUCUAAGAAGUCRACCGACCAUCUCGCCUUACUACAACAACAACACGAACAACAAAUGAAAGUACUACAAGAACAACUUGAGGCUGCUAAAGCUGGUACACCCAAUGGAAUCCCUAACGGGCUUCCAGGUGAAACACCCCAGGGGGCUUCCCAUGUUAGCAAUGGGCCAAUAGUUAAUGGUCAUGGUUCAGAACCUAUAAUGACAAGACGUACUASUGUACUYGARAGAGUAAAGUCAAUUGAGCCACCUCCACCACCACCAGAGUUCUCCGAUCAAGACAAUAACAACUCAACACAGAACAUUAUCAUACCACCCCCUCCUUUUACUGCACCGCCAGCUCCUCCUGCACCACCACCACCACCUGUAGAGGAACCUUCAAUACCUUACCCCCCUCCCCCUCUGUCGCCUCCACCACCUGUACCACAGGCAGACAAUCAGUCCAAGUCUAGUGGAGUGGCCAGUGCCGUGGCAGCUCUAGAGGCCAAGUCACCAGUUUCCAGGAAUUCAUCGACUGAAGUUAUUCAACAGACUGUUACAAACGAAGAGCAGGUAUUCAAACCUCCMCUCAAGACCAGGCACUCAUCCAAUCUGGCUGUCUUCGUCCAGGAAGAUAAAAAGACAGAAAGACUUAACUUGAAAAACAAUUCGUUUCUUUCUCCUGGAACUACWCCCUGGAAAAUAAGUCUAAGAAAAGAGGUCUUUUCACCCAAUGAAAAGAUUGAUAACCGAGUGGAGCAGCGGCUUAUCUAUCUACAAAUUGUCCGUGAUUCCUAUUCUGAAGCAUGCUGUCGAAUGAGAGCUACUGAUCGCUCAAAGAUGAAGGCUUUGCUACAGAGAUACGGCAUUACUCCUGAACACCCACACUCCAGUACACCAGUAGAAGAAAUCAUCGUUCAAACAGCUAGAGAUCUACCCUUGUAUUUUAGCCGAUUCUACACUGUAAUGGGUCAGAACGAGCUGCCAGARAUAAAUUACAUCUUUGUUGGGGAAAAGGGYGUUUUCUUAGUGAAYAGAGAAAAAAUCGAAGAAGAUCUUUCCAUCGUGAACGAAAUUUUAUAUGAAGACAUUGAUAAAGUUCGUGUGGUUAAGAACAAGGUUGUUUUUUCCUUCAAGGAGAGUAAAAUAUCUGUUCCUACCAACAAGGCUGAGGAGGUUAAAUUGAUGAUCGAUCCUUAUCUUAUUCAAAUAGAGAAGGAAGCCAAYUACGUCCGUGCCAUGUACGAUUACGUGACACAAGAGGCAAACAUGCUGAACUUCAAAAAGGGUGACGUAAUUCAAAUCAUUGACAAGCCCGACCUCGAUGAGGGUUGGUACUUUGGGAUUUUCGCUGAUCGAAGUGGGUACUUCCCGUCAGAGUAUGUCACGCACAUCAAAGAGGUAAGAGAAUGAUCAAUAUUUUGCACGUAAAUAACCAGUGUUGACAGAUUUGAACUCUGAAUGAAAGCURUGUGAAUUAUCUUUGAACUCAGCCAUGUGGGAUUCUGACUUGUGUUCUUACCUUAACUGAGCAUGCUCAAUAAGUCAUAGCAUGCUUCGAGUAGUUGUGGAUACGUCUUCAUUGGUAGAUGUGAUGUUGUUAUGUUGAUAGUUUUGAUAUCACUACUAUUCUUGCUAAGGACAAGCAAUCAAUUUGUUUGAUUUUGUUGACAGCUUAUUGCUUGGAGGAAUUCUUGAUUUUACUCUCAUU